AAACAGUCGCUCUUGAGAAGAUUCUCUGAUCAUGGUUCCUCUUUACCACAAAACGAAUCAUCGCGCUCCUUGUCUCGCUUCAUCAUGUCGCUCAACGGCUGUAUUCCCGCGCACACCAUCCCGGUGAAGGUGCCUACGGGAACGGCACUCCAGCAGGAUCCUCCUACGCUGUUCACGCCGCUCAAGAUCAGAGGACUGGAGAUGCAGAACCGCAUCGUCGUGUCACCGAUGGGAACCUGGAGCGCGGAACAUGGCCACCUGACAGAUUUUCACCUCGUCCACUACGGCGAACUCGCAUUUCGUGGACCGGGUUUGACCGUCAUCGAAGCAACUUCGGUGCUCCCCAACGGCCGGACGUCCCCUCAGGAUUCGGGGUUAUGGGCAGACAGCCAGAUCGCGCCUCUGAAGCGGGUGGUCGAUUGGAUCCAUUCCAGAUCGCAAAAGGUCGGCAUACAACUGGGACACGCGGGGCGCAAGUCGAGCAUGCUGGCACCGGAGAUGGCGCCGACCAGGGCGCCGGCGAUAGCGACAGAGUCAGAAGGGGGUUGGCCGGAUGACGUCUGGGCCCCCAGCGCUCUCCCAUAUUCACGAGAAUAUGUCACCCCGAAACCUUUGUCCGUCGAAGGCAUACGAUGCUUGGUUCAGGCUUUCGCCGAUGCCACGCGGCGGGCCGUCCAGGCCGGUGUCGAUUUCAUCGAACUUCAUGCGGCCCACGGCUACCUCGCCCACCAGUUUCUUUCUCCCCUGACCAACACGCGCACGGACGAGUACGGCGGCAGUUUCGAGAACCGCAUCCGCUUCCUCCUCGAAUGUGUCGAGGCCGUCCGAGCGGAAAUGCCGAGCUCCAUCCCGUUGUCGAUUCGGAUAUCGGCGACCGAGUGGAUGGAGUGGGCAGUCGAACGCCCAUCUUGGGACAUGGAACAAUCUCUCCGGCUCGCAAAAAUCCUCGCCGACAUGGGUGUCGACAUCUUGGACGUGUCGUCUGGCGGCAACCACAGCGAACAAAGGAUCUUGCUUGAGCCAAACUACCAACUGGACCUCGCGCACUCGAUACGUCAAGCGCUGCGCAGGGAUGGAAUCGGUAUGCUGGUCGCGGCGGUGGGAUUCAUCGACAGUCCAGAGGUUGCCAGGAAGACGACCCAAGCAACCGAUGGAGAGGACGAGAAACGAACGGCAGAUCUGGCGUUCGUAGGAAGGGCCUGCCUGCGGGACCCCAGUUUUGUCUUGCGGAGUGCGAAGGAACUUGGGGUUGCGGUUCAAUGGCCAUUUCAGUUCCAGAUGGCUCUGAGAAAACGUUUAAUGUAAGCUUGGAAACCAAGCGCCGUGGGUGAGCCGACUGUUGCCCGGCGUGUAUCUUUUGCAGAACACAUGGCACCACUCAUAUACGGCGGUCACCGAACAGGACAGGAAUCCGGCUGUAAACGUUGCAGAGGGCCACCUGUUCAGACCACCUCCCCGGGAUAAUCGUAGCUAGGUAAAUUUCAAUGCAAUGGGAGCAGGGUCAACAAGACCAGGGAUGUACGCUCUUUGUAACGAUGAGACUCACGGUCGCAGUCCCAGCGUAAAGACCCUUGAAACGUCUUGAUCCCACUGUGUGGCAAAACAGCAACCAUGGUUUAUACUCCUGAGCAAAUGUUGU